CUCAGUCUUUCGUCGACCGUCGACCAGCGCAGUCGACCGCGCUCUUCACGCGACCCUCUAUGGACUACGAUCGAAUAAACGAACACACAAAACUUCAGUGUAGUUUCAACUCCCAACAAUCGAACAUACGAGCGACCCUCGCCAGUUAAUCCCAAGAAAAUGACUCUGAAACUCCACUCCGAAAACUUUUCCCCAUUAAAAUAUACGUAUUUUUGUGAUUAAAAUCUCUUCCUUUUCAAUAUGCAUCACAGAAUUUAUUACCGGAACCUAUUUAUACACAAGAAACGACUGAAGCUUUCUAUUAUCAACCUUUAAUAUUUUACAACUUUGUAAUAACCAAUUUACGAAUUUACACUCUUUAUAAAUAACUUUGGACAUUAUUUUAAACCUGUAGUUAUCUGGAUAGGGAUAAGUGCGACCAAAGACAUUAAAAAAUAAAAUUUAUGACUUAUAGUGUUUUAUUAGCUGUGUUUUAAUACGUGUUUAGAAAAUAUAUAAAAAAAAAAAAUUGCUUAAAAGUUAGCAUAGUGAGUGUUUAGUGUCCCCUGUGUGUAUGUUAUUUAAAUAUCUGAUUCUUCCUGACUUGUGCAUUUGGGUGGAAGACGAAUCAAAAGGCCUUGGAGCAAACAUAAACUUAAUGAAGAUUUUCCUACCUCCAAUUUAUAGCUCAAAUUUUCCCCCAAAAAACAUUCCUUAGUCCUUCCAUAUUAUAAAAAGUCAAAAUCAUCGCUAAGAAACAUUCCAUGGUCAUUAUUAUUGUGAACGCUAACUCAGUGUGAUCAUCAAACAUACGUCGUAACUAGAAAAUUUAAAGAUAUUAAGAAAAAGAAGGGAGAUAGUAAGAAAGACGCGCGUGAACCUCUUCGGAGGGCGCGGGGGGCCGGCGCGAUGCGGUCUCGCCAGGGAUGUACGUAAUAUAUCCAGCGGACGAAGUAGUUUCCCUGACAUACAGCUCGCAUUCGCUGCCCCGGCCGCGGCAGCGACCGACCCUUGACAUUAUUAUAGGGCCGCCGCCGCCCACGCCGAUCAACGCGAAUCCCCCGCCCUCACCCCCCGCCCCGCCCCGCGUCGUCUCGAUCCCCAAAACGGCGCCCCCGGAGCUUGCGGAGCGCGCGCCGGCCUCGCCGACGCCGUCGCUUGAGCGGCCGGCUAAGCUGCGCGAGCGCACUAAAGCCAAGCUCCUAAAAAAACUCGGCCGCCAUGAAGACAACGAGUUGGGAAAAAUUAUAAGAACUCCAGCCUUAGAAGAGUUUGAAUUGCCGGCACCGCUUCCUACACCAGCAUUUUCAAGAAAAAAUAUAUUUGAUAGAGAUUUCGAUGCUCUUUUUGAGGUUGCAAGCACUCCUGAAUUUUGUGCUAAUAUUCGCGUCACCACUCCAGAACCGGACCGUCGCUCUGAUGUCUCGGCGGCGCAUUUCCCAUCACCUGCUACUUCCUCCCUUAGUCUUUUACCACCCCGUCCUCAGUCAGAGCCAGCAGCUACUCCCUCCCCAACACACUCCACUCGCAACUCCUCGCAAUCGACGCCUCCAACUCAACGAUCAUCUUUUGAAGGAACAAAUUCGAAACCGAAGAAAGUUAGUUUCUUCAGAAAGUUAAGUAGAGCAAAGGAACCUUCUCCUGCUAAGCCCGUCAUCAUGCAGCAGCCAUCUAUAGAGAUGGCUCUUCGAGAGCUGACACAUCCAGCUCACAAUGAACAACUAAAAAACCAACAGCAAGUGACAUUCAAAUUGGUAAAAACAGUCGCUGACUUCACGACACAGCUGUCGCAGUUGUACGAGCGUCAUUCUUCAGAACUACAGCUUCUAGUUGCGAACUUCCGAAAGCGGAACAGCGAAUUACGGAAAGAGAGGGCAAGCUGUCCGUCAUCGCUGUUCCACACAUGGGAGACCCUGCUCCAGGAAGUCGAAGCAGAUGUAGUGGGCUACACUAACGCUGCGACAUCUCUGGAAAGAGUGGUAGCCGCUCCCCUUAUAGACAAGACCUUUCACAUGAAGGUACAAGCCAGGAAACUGUUUGCUCACAGAGAAGGCUGUGAAGUUAUUCUUGGGAAAGCUGAUGAUCAACUGAAUAAGAGCCGUCAAGACUACAGGUCAGCAUUCCUGAACUACUGCAGCAACUCAAAUCCAACGAAUCUGGCAAUUUAUUACGACUCGCACAAUAAUUACGUGCAACAACUUACAGCUACGAACGCUAUGAUAGAACAAUACCAUAGACAUACAUUGCCGACUAUAUUACAGGAGCUGGAAGAGAUUCUGACUGAUGUUACAACCGCCGUCAGCGAUGCAAUUUGUCAAGAGGGAGAAAUCAUAACCGACAAGACGAACAACCAGCUCCGUCGAUACGAGUCUCUUUGCGCUCAAGCUCGUGCUGUAUCCAGUACUGCUGACUUAGCACAUCUCGCUAGAACUCUGCUAACCAGUACUCCGCCGAUUAGGACGCCUAAGAGAGCAUUCUUGCCACCAUAUCCACCAGAACCUGAUGACCCACCAAUAGAUGUUCCAGCGGAGACAAUGCCGCCUGUUCUGCGAGGCGAGAUGCUAUUGGACAGGAUGGGAGGUGGCCAAGCCAGACUCAGCUAUGAACAGCUCAAAAAGGACGCGAUUGAUCUCGAGGCACAGAUAAAGAUGCUGCAGGAUGGUUUGGACGCUUUAGCUAGAAUUCAAGCACGCAGCCUUGAAAGCAACCUAUAUGCUAAAGUAAACGAAAUUCAGGAGGAAAUUUCAUUGAAAAAAUAUGACUACCGUGCUACACAGCUCCAUCUUGCAGCUGUUAGAGCGCAGAGGGAGUUGUUCGCGGCCAAAGCGGACAGCAGCACUGUAGCAGCAGAUCGCAAGUUAUCAUCGUCUUCAGCAGGCAGCAUGAAAAAUAAGUGGCUUAAGGCUUUCCGAAGCCUCAAACCACCCAGCGCUCCUCCACCUCAUGCAGCACCACCGGACAAGAGGAACGGCGCUACUCGCGAUAUGCGCCCGGGCGAAUCAGACGCACACAAUUUUCAAGAGUAUACCUACAAGAAGAUCACUCCCUGUGACGUCUGCUCUCAAGUUCUAAGAGGGCACACAAGACAGGGUUUACGAUGCAGAAUGUGCAAAAUGAACGUGCAUACUGAUUGCAUGCCGCAAGUUGGCAAGUGUCAGACGAAAUCAAAGCUCCUACGCAGGCAGAAGAGCACCUCCGAAAUAGAAGCUCAUAGGGUGCAGGAGUCUGCUUUUGAUGAAGAAAAGGAAGAUCAGACCUACCAAGUUCUGAAGCGAGCCAACGAAAUAGCGAAGCCGGGCGGUGCGGGCCCCGUAGUGCGUGUGUCCGCGCCAGAGGAGCCGCCGGCGGCGCGUUCCCCCGCGCGGCCCAGCGCCGGGCUGGCGGUGGCGUCGCAGCCCAUCGCCUCCAGCUCAGCGCCACACUCGCCGAGACGACAAAAGUUGAACCUUAGGAUGAAGAGCCUGUCGCUGGAUUCACCCGAGUGCGGGGAGCUACGACGACGCCCGCGAGACCAACCCUCGCAGGGUAGCAGAGUACUUUGUGACAACAGAGCAUAUAGCAUGAGAUAUGGCUCUUAUAAAUUAAGUAACCAUUUGACUCACCAAUUUAACCAUACCCAAUCAUCCCCAUCAUCGCCGGUUCAUAGUCGAAAACUGCUGAGCGCUCGUGGAGGUCGUAUGAGCAGCGUCGAACUUCCUGACGAACCCGACAAGAGCCUUUCAUCAAACAGUGCUAGCCCCUGCCCAUCGCCAGUUAAACAACCCAGCAAGCAUCAACGACUCUUGCCAACAAAUCUGUACGUGAUCCUAUACAACUUCAAGUCCCGCCACGCCGAUGAGUUGGACCUUAAAGCUGGUUAUAAGGUCACCGUUAUUGAUACUUCAGACCCCGACUGGUGGAAGGGCAAAUGCUUGGGCAAAAUCGGAUACUUUCCGUCCAAGUAUUGUACUAAAUUGCAAGCCGGAGAAAGACCUUUGCAGGUCACUCACAAUCUACAGGUAUCGGACGGCGACAAUGGUCUAAUGCUUUUGCGCGACCAGAUAGUGAUCCAAGUUGGUGAUGAAUUAGACGGCAUGGUCAUGAUUCGUUCAGGAGACAAUCGUCAGGGAGUCUGCCCUGUCAAGUUCCUGCAGGAAGUGUGACGCUUUAAGUUGCCCACAUUCAAUGUCAUCAAGCGACGCGGCUCUCUAUCAAAGGACAGGACUUAUUACGAUCCCAAACCUAUCCGUAGUGCUCCAGUGACGCCAUGCGACAGCGAACCAUCUUGGUCCGAGCGUCGUUCAGAUAAAGAGUGUUACGAGGCCUCCGUAGAAGGUAUGUGGUGGUGGCGGAGACCGUUGGGCGUCAGGCGUAGCACGUGCCGCCGGUGUGCAGCUUCGUCUUCUAGUAGACCGCUGCAGAUGACAUACGAUCCUCCGAUAUAUCCGACGAUAGAUCACAGACCAUUGAAUUCUGGAGACAGGCCGCUCAAUUUCGUCAGGCAGUUGUUUCUAUAAAUGAACAUGUGAUUUUUUUUUCCGUUUCUAUUUAUAAUUGAUGUAAACUAUAUAUAUGAAUAUAUAGAACCUUGAUAAUUUGCUUAUAUAAUGAAAAAUAUAUUUAUGGCCUAUUUAAUUGAAAUAAAUCCUUCCAUAUUCAGAAUUUAUUUUGAUGAUAAACUUUAAUUACGCGUAAGUUUAUAUGCUACGGGUUAUGGGAAUUGCUUAAAAAGUUUUCAAAAAACAACAAAUAAAAUAUAAAAUUGUUUUAGCAAAAAGGUUCAUGAUGGUCAAUUCGUUUAAACGAUCUCUAAAACCUUAUGAACCCGUAACAUAUAAUUAAUAUAGCGACAUAUCAUUUUACAAUUUGUUAGAAGUAUAUUAAGAUAUAUACGAUUCUUAUUAUGGGGAUAUAUUUAAUUGCUAUUUUAUAUAAUAUAAUAAAUUUAAUUAUAAUAAUGUAAUGUAUAUCUUUAUUUAUUUAACAAAAUUGAUAAGAAUUAAAAUACUUUUUUUGCUAUCGUUUUUAGCCGGUAUAAAAAAUGGUAUCUGGCGUAUUUUUCUCUUCAUUAAAAUGAAAAUAUUAUUAUAAUUGUUAUUUAAAUAAUUAUGAUUAUAAUUUAUUAUUUUAUUAGUUUUAGAUGAUAUUUAUUGUGAAAAACGAAUACAUUAUUUUCUUGCUUAGUUACAACAGAGUAAAUAAAAAACGUAUGAAAUAUUUGUAGAAUAUCAGUUAUAAUUAUUGUGAAAUUCAUAAAUUUUUCAUUAGGGUUAUUAAUGAAAGCUAUUGUUAUAAUCAAAUAGUGGCCGUCUUCAAGAACACGUUGAGACUCGAAUGACCAUUGCUGUUUCAACAGUCGUGUCAAUAUAAUUGUCAUAUACAGACAAAGCAUAGAAAUACAGUUAUUUCUCUAACAUUAAAACAAUAUUGAUCUAAAUUUGAAUAACAAUUCCUAUAUAAAAUGUAGGAAUUAGCAAUUCGCGGGAUUUACCUGCGAUAUCCGGAAUGCCGAGUUCGAGCAACUUUUCUAUUUGAAUUUUCAUUCAUUCACCAUAGACCCGCCCUGUCCUAAGCAUAUGCUUUAAUUUUAUCUUUGCAUGCAUACCAGAUUAAAUCCAUCAUAAUAUGCAUCUAAACCCACCCACCCAUUAGCAUUUCGUUCAACAAUAUAGAAAGAAUAUGCGUAGACCUAAAGUAUCUACACUUAUAGUAUUUAUAUGUGAAAAUAUGUAGGUAUCUGUAGUUGAAAUAAUUUUGUCAAUGUCUUUUUUAAUAAUCUUUAAAUUUAUUCAUAAAUAAAAAUCACAUAUAUGUAUUAAAAUUAAAAGACGUUUUAUAUAUUAGCUAAAACAACAGCUAGCAGUGACACAUGUUACCUCCGUGACAAAUAUUUUCCAUUUUUUUUUAAGAUAUAAAUGAAGCCAUAUUCAAAAUCCAUGGUUAGGAAUUUAGAACCUUAUGUAUACACCUAAUGAAGUCUUAAUUCAAGCUUAUUAAUACGGUAUGCCUACCAUUAGUUUGUAAAGUCAAAGUCACGAUAAAUUCGUAAGUACGUUUCCCGUUUCUCAUUCAAUAACCUACGUUAAUACCAUAUUUGCGAAGAUUUAGGGAUGAAAAACAGUUGACGCUGCGUAUACAGUGUGACGAUUGAAACUUGUAUUACUUCUAAUCUAAAUAGCAGAGAAAAUAACGUUAUUAUGAAAUAAAAUUCAAUACAAUAUAUAAUUAUUAAAACCUGUUUAUAGUUCCUUACUGAUGACAUUCCUCUGUAAUGUUAUUCCAAAGUUAACGCUAUUCUAAAUAAUUUAAACAACACCGUGUUUUAUUUAACGCGUUUAAACCGUCCCCUUAUAGUUUUAAAUGUAACAAUUAUACCUAUAAACUCGUAUAACGAUUGAAAAUGUAAAGGGAUUAUUAUAAUCGAGUUAGCUGAGACUAGCGUAAUUAUAGUCCAAAGUAAGCUACUUAUGACGAUAUAACUCAUGUUAUCAUGAAAAAUUCAUGACAUGAAAGUAUUAUAAUGCUCUCAAUUCACUUAAAUUAUUGUAACUAUAACGAAAUAUUGUUAAAAAUAUAUUAAUUAUGUUAAGUUAUAACUUACGGGAUUAUAUUAAUGUAUAGCAUAGACAAGAAACUAAAAGUAGUAAACAUUAUCCCAAUACUUACAUAUGCUUUGCAUUUAAUGUUAAGCUUACUUAUAUUUUAAGUUCAUUUAAAUAAAAUAUUAAUUUCAUGAUUACGUUAUAACUAAAAUUUUUUUUUUAUUAUUAUUUUUCUUAUUUGAUUCAGCUAGACUAGGUUUUAACUUAUUUAGUGAUAAAAAAAAUCGAAAAUAUUUAAUAUAAUACCUUUUAGUUGAUUGAAUACAGAUUUAUUUAAAUUUAUCUUCUGAAAUAUUUAUAAUGUAAUGAUAAGAUGAAAUAUAUUUGUGUAUCCAGAUCAAAAUAUUUAUAUAAUGAUUGUUACAUCGAUAAAUUACUUGUGUAGGUUACGUUCGAAUUAAAUGUUUAAAUCACUAUAAAAUUUAUGUUGUUAUCGUGCACUGAUCUUAUUAUACAGCCAGUUUCCUAAUAAUGGAGACGUUACAAAACAUAUAUAAGGCAUUAUAAGAUGAAAUAAAAUACACGUGAUUGCAAUGAAAUUCACUCUUUAUUGUAUAAAAAUAAAAAAUAUUUUUAUGAAUGAUCUUUAUUACAUCUUAUAUUGACAGAUAAAAAAUAACGAUGAAAAAAAAAAGAACCAAAGAGAUUUAACGCAUUUAUCAUUAGACGUAGAUAAUCCCAAUUCCCUAGUGAGAUGUGUAGUUGUAAGUAACUUAUAAAUACUUUAGUAUACCUAUAUGUGAUGAAAUGAAUUAUGGUCUUAUACCGUUGUAAGAGAGUCCACUAGGUCUAUUACUUUCGUUCUAGACAAUUAAGUUUAAUAUAUUAAAGAUAAUUUUAAGUGUAAUUGCAAAUGUCACAAGUGUCUCUGUGUACAAUAAUUUGCUACGUCGCUGCUUAAAAUACCGCCUUUAUCUUCUCAAUUCCUUUUUUUUUAUUAUUCACCGCUAUUGUUAUUUUAUGUGUAUUUUAUAUCAUAUGUUGAUAAGAACAAACCGUAAUGGAUUGUAAAAUUUAAUCCUAUAAAAUGUCCAAAAAGUAUUUAUUGUAAUUAUUCAAAUAAAUUUUCCAAGUCAGCAAAAAGCUUAUACACAUGGCACAUUAAUAAAUAUUCUAAAAAGAUGUAACAGGUUACUUAGUUAACAAACGGCAACAAAUACAUUUUAAAAUUCUUACAAUGUUGGCAACAUUUGAUAUUUAUCCAGUGCUCAGAAACAUACUAAAUAAGCUAUAAAAAUAUUAUGCAAUUAACACUUUUAAAUAUGUCUAACACUUAUAGAAUGUAAUGUUUCAAUACUUACGUCUCUAAAGUUUUUAAUUAUUAUUUUUUUUACAAAAUUAUUUUGUCAUGAUAAAGGAUUGAAGGUUUUUGUAUUAUUUAUAUAUUUAUCCUGUUUGAGUAAAGAUUGAAAUUAAAUCUGAAUUUAAAUGUUAUUACACUAAUUUAAAUUGUACGUGGUUGUUGUUACCUUCGCCAUGACUUGUUUUCAUCGUAUUUGUAGAUUUAAAAUCUAUCUAUAUUUUAGUCAGUGUAUUAUAGCUUGUUUUCAGUUGUAACUGUGUUUUGUUGCGUUAAAUUUAUAUUCUUGUGUUAGAAUAUAUUAAUUAUGUGUCACAUAAA